AACUCACUUUUCCACCUUCUACUUCUCUCUCCCUCUCUCUCUCAAAAUCCUUUUAUUCCUCUCUUCUCUCUCUCUCUCUCUCUCUCUCUCUCUCUAAAUACAUAUAAAUAUACAUAUAGAUAUAUAUACACACAACACACUCUCACUCCAAGUAGUAUAUACUUGUGCUUUCUCUCUCUAGACAUAGAAAAUGCCGAUCACAAGCAAAGAAUCGACUCCUCCUCCUAUGAUCGGCAAGAUCGGACCUUACACAGUCUUCGUUACUCCUCCGGCGACUCCUUCACCUAAACCCUCCGCUCCGAUUUCCGAAUCGCCGCCUAAAAACGCUCCUUCUUCGCCGCCGGUUCAGCCUCGCACUCCGCCACCGGUUCAGACCCCCCAGCCGCCGGUUCAGGCUCCGCCGCAGCAGUUUCUGAAGCCCGCUCCGUCCGACGGACCGGCCUUCGGGUUCUUCUGGAACGCCGUCGCUAAAGUCCAGAACGCUCAUUCGAGUUUGGAUGAGUACGUGGCACAUUGGUUCGGGUUGAAUCAAUCAAAGUAUCAGUGGGCUUUAGAUGAUUAUUACGAAAACAAGGGAUCGGAUCAAGUAGAUACAAAAGCAAAAGAUAUAUCCAGCAAAGUACAAAGCGUGUAACAAGCAUGUUGGUUGGGCAGAAAUUUUGUCAAGGCCACCUGCAGAUUCUCCUGGGUCCUUUACCUGUAUGCCUAAAUACUAAAUAAGGGUAGUGCCUAUUGAUGCGUGAAGGGACCUUUCUCCAAGUGUUUUGGGAUCUGGCUGUUGCUUCUCUCUAGAAAUUAUGUUGUAGCAUCUAACAGUCUUUAUUGUUUUAGAGGUUAUAUCAUAUGGGUCUUGUAAUCAAUAUAAAGUUAGCUCCUUUUUUGUCCUGUACUUUUCCUUCAUGUUCUCUGUUUUCAUUACCCGAUUGAUGAACUUUUGAUCUUGAUUUGCUAAUGUAUUUGUAACUUUUUCUUAAUUAAAAGCUCUUCUUUGUUGCCCAGAGAGCAGAGAUUCACUCUGCAAUGGUUUGUAAUUUUAAGGAGAUAUGAUGCCAUUUGUUAUCUGCAUCACAGAAAUUUUGGUUGGCCUCCCCCGAAGGGGGCUGGCUAUAUCAUCCCUUGCGCGUGUGUGUUUGUUUUUAUGCGAAUUGUAAGAAUGAUGCAGUGCUAACCUGGUGAACAGGGUUGGAUUUCA